AUGAAUUAUUCUGUGACGAGCCUGGCAGAAAACUUCAAGGAACAGUUUGAUACCUCCCCUAAAAUCUCAGGUUUGUCACCCGAUUGGUACAAUCGUAAAAUGGCAGCACUGAGCACUGAAAUGUGUAACAGUUUGGUGAAGAUGUAUCCCCAGUUCCACGGCUGUAAGAACAACAUGGCAGCUUUUGUUCUGGAGCAAGAAUUGCUGGACACAGCUGGUAAGCCCUAUAAGGAUUUCACAGUGGUAGCUUUGGGAACUGGCCAGUUGAGCUGCAGCAAUUGGCUACGCUACCAUGGGAACAUGGUCCAUGACUGCCACUCCAUUGUCAUCGCUAGACGGGCCCUCAAAAGGUACUUGUUCAAGCAACUUCUGCUCUACUUCGACCCUGAUCCCAAGUCCAAGGAACACUGUAUCUUAGAGUGUAGCGGAGACACCCACCAACUCCACCUCAGACCAAAAGUCAAGCUGCAUGUCUACACAAAUCAGAUCCCAGAAGGAGCUGCAAGGGGCUUCUGUUUCACAAAUGAUGGGAAUAAUAUGUUUACCAGUCUGGAGCUGAAGUACCAUUAUGAUGAAGAGCUCAUCACUGCAACCUCACUUAAACCAAGUGUCUGGGGUGCCAAGGUCUGCUGUAUGUCUGCCAGUGACAAGUUGUGCCGCUGGGCUGUCACCGGGGUCCAGGGUGCACCAUUGAGCCACUUCAUCCAGCCGCUCUACAUCACCAGCAUGGUGUUCGGAAGCAAAACGUACUCUGCUGAGAACAUCUCUGACAUUACCAACAAGCGACUGGGUGACGGAUGGGAGGACCACUUGCCACCACCUCACAGAAAACAGGAUAUCCUCUUUUACUGUGUAAACCAAGUAGAAGCUGCCUCCUGUUCCCGCCCUGUGGACUUCAGUAUCAACUGGUGCCUUGGGGACAAAAACAUUGAAGUUCUGGACAGCAGGGAUGGCUACAUUAAUCAUGCCUCUCCAUUUGUGAGUGGGACUGGUUUCUCCAGCAGACUUUGCAAGAGAGCCUUCUACAGCUAUUUCCAACGUGUCGCACAGCUGAGUGACAAUAGCUCUCUGCUUGUUCUACCAAUUUACCGCAAGGUCAAGAUGGAAGCAAGCCUCUACCAGAAAGCCAAAGAUCUUGUCAACAGGCAGUUUGACCACAACUUGGCAGGUACCUGGAUUUCAAAAUACCUGGUGGACUGCCAUCAGCCCAUGUACCCCACCACCCUCCCUGCAUCUCCUACCAGCAAGGAGGCACGUUCGUGUUUUGCUGCUGUUGCACUGACUUCCUAA